AUGAGUCAGUUUAACAACCAGCAACAAGUUCCUGCAUCAUAUCCACCACCAGGUGAGGCUUAUUCUACAGCUCAAUAUGUAACUGCCCCACCACCUAUGGGCUAUCCUUCCAAGGAUGGCUCGGAAGGGUACCCCCAACAAAGGAUUCCAGACCAAACCACUAACAGGGGUGAUGGUUUCUGGAAAGGAUGUUGUGCUGCUAUAUGUUGUUGUUGUGCCAUUGAUAUCUGCUUUUAA